AUGCGUAAUCAAUCUAUUCUUUCCUUCGCGCUGGUCGCAUUCGCCUCUACCUCCCUUGCUACUUCAUCUGUGGUUGAGAGGGGCAUGCCAAUCGAGGACCUUCAUGCUGCAAUUGUUUCCGCUGGUGCAGAAUUCGACCAGCUAACAGCGCGUGGCCAAGCUGAAUUUGCUUCCCUCGCUGCCUCUGCAGUCGAAAGAGAUGUAGAAGCGCGAGCAAACGAUGCCGCCUCACUACUUGCACUACUCCCGGCAGGCCAUGGUUCCUCGAAACGUGAGCCAGAAGAGGAAUCCAAAAGAGCAGAUAGUGCAGCUGGUCUUCUUGCUCUCCUUCCAGCUGGCCAUGGCGCCGACAAGAGGGCUGAUAGUGCAGCAGGCCUUCUCGCUCUCCUUCCAGCUGGCCAUGAAAAGCGUGAACCAUCUGAAGAGGAGGUUAAAAGGGCUGAGAACGCCGCUAGUCUUUUAGCUCUCCUUCCAGCAGGCCAUGGCGCUGACAAGAGAGCCGAUACUGCCGCCGGCCUCCUUGCUCUCCUUCCAGCUGGCCAUGAAAAGCGUGAACCAUCUGAAGAGGAGGUUAAAAGGGCUGAGAACGCCGCUAGUCUUUUAGCUCUCCUUCCAGCAGGCCAUGGCGCUGACAAGAGAGCCGAUACUGCCGCCGGCCUCCUUGCUCUCCUUCCAGCAGGACAUGGCGCUGAUAAGAGAGAUAACGCAGCUUCUCUUCUCGCAUUGCUUCCUGCUGGUCAUGGCUCCGACAAACGAGAGCCAUCCGAAGAGGAGGUCAAGAGAGCUGAGAGCGCCGCUAGCCUUCUUGCUCUUCUUCCAGCAGGGCAUGGUUCUGGUUAG